AUGACGGCUGACUUGGGCGUUGCUGAUUUUGUAGGGCUAGAUCCCAGAAUUGCUGCAUGGCUUAUAGAUCCUACUGAUGCUGCACCCUCUUUUGAAGACUUAGUGGCAAAAUACUUGGGAAACUCCAUCACAGUUAAGGUGAACAGCACAUAUGGAAAUUCCUCAAGAAAGACUGUGAAUCAGAAUGUACAUGCGAACCUGAGGGUGCUCUACAGACUUACGAUGGGCCUUUGUUCCCAGCUCAAGGUUUAUGGUUUAUGGCAACUGUUUUGUACUUUGGAGCUUCCUCUGAUACCAAUUUUGGCAGUGAUGGAAAGCCACAACAUUCAGGUGAACAAGGAAGAGAUGAAGAGGACUUCAGCACUUCUUGGGUCUCGUCUCAAGGAACUGGAGCAAGAAGCCCAUUUUGUUGCAGGAGAACAGUUUCUUAUAACGAGCAGUAAUCAGCUUCGAGAGAUCCUGUUUGGCAAACUGCAGCUGCACCUGCUGCGUCCACAGGAGACUCUUCCCAAAACUGGACUCCGGAGACACCCGUCCACAUCAGAAGCCGUGUUAAAUGCUCUGCAAGACCUUCAUCCAUUACCCAAAAUAAUUUUGGAAUAUAGGCAGGGCUCCAUUUCCUCCACGUGGAACCAGACUGGAACCGUGACCGGAAGACUGUCAGCCAAGCAUCCUAAUAUCCAAGGCAUCUCCAAGCACCCAAUUCAAAUAACUAAACCUCAAAAUUUUCAAGGUAAAGACGAACUCCUUACCAUCUCCCCGAGGACCGUGUUUGUUUCAUCCGAAGGCCACACCUUCCUAGCAGCAGACUUUUCACAGAUUGAAUUGCGCAUUCUUGCACACUUAUCUGGGGAUCCAGAACUUUUGAAGUUAUUCCAGGAAUCUGAAAGAGAUGAUGUAUUUUCCACCCUGACUUCACAGUGGAAGGACAUUUCCCCAGAACGUGUGACGCACGCAGACAGGGAGCAGACCAAGAAGGUGGUGUACUCGGUGGUCUAUGGAGCAGGGAAGGAGCGGCUUGCUGCUUGCCUUGGAGUUCCUGUUCAGGAAGCGGCCCAGUUUUUGGAGAGCUUUUUGCAGAAGUACAAGAAAGUCAAGGACUUCACCCAAGCAACCAUUGCCCGGUGUCACCAGACAGGCUACGUGGUGUCCAUCAUGGGCAGGAGGAGGCCGCUGCCGAGGAUCCGUGCACGCGACCCGCAGCUCCGGGCUCAAGCAGAGCGGCAGGCGGUGAACUUUGUGGUGCAAGGCUCGGCCGCGGACCUCUGCAAGAUGGCCAUGAUCCACCUCUUCACAGCAGUGGCCACGUCCCCCAUCCUGACGGCCAGGUUGGUUGCCCAGAUUCACGACGAGCUGCUGUUUGAAGUGGAGGACUCACAGAUUCCUGAGUUCGCAGCCCUCGUCAGGGGAACCAUGGAGGCCCUGCAGCACGUGCCGGCGCUGGAGCUGCAGCUGCAGGUGCCCCUGAAGGUGAGCCUGAGUGCCGGCCGCUCGUGGGGACACCUGGCACCACUGCACGAGGCCCCGGCCCGUGACCCCACCACCGUCCUGCCGAGUCUCCAAGCAACCGCUGAGCCAACGCCGGCCCCUGAGCGCCUACCCCCGUGCACGCAUUUUUCGCCUUCAUUUGGUCUGUAGCCCCAGGCAACAGCAGGGAAGAGAACUGGUUUCCACCAGCCCGCUGUGUGGCCUUCCCCAAGGUCAGAGUCAAGCGCUUGGUACUUGGCUAGGG